AGGCCGCGGGGCGGGCUGUCGGGCGCCGGCGGGGAGAUUGAGCUGGGUGGGAGGCCAUGGCGCCUCUCUAGGGGCGGUUGGUAACUCGAGCCUGCCCGCUCCCGCGGCUGCAGGUGUAAAGAAAGUUUAAAAACAGAGAGGCUAGGAUGACAGAAAGCAAGGCACAACAUAAACUGGUGUUAACCAGACUGGAAGCAAAAGAGAAUGGUUGAAUUAAAACGACUCGAUAAGAAAGCCCAGGAUGCUGCCCACAGGAGAGCUUUGGAGGAAUGCGGGAUUUGAUGAUACAGGAGCAAUUCCUGAAUAUGUCCAAAGAUGAUAUAAAACAGUGUUUAUGGGAUAAGAAAAUGGACUCAAGAGGAAGUCUUGCUUCUUAUGCUGAUCAAUAUGAGCAGUCCCAGACCGCCAGAGAGGCGGGGCAAACCGGAACAAAACGAGAGGAGAGAAGAACAACCCUGGUCGCAGUUGGAGCAGAUACAAGAAGGGACAACCUCAGACCACACCCUACUACCAGGGGCAGCCCAAGGCCCCAACUACACCCCAAGGAGCACUCCAGAUACCUUAUCGUUCCGCCACACCGUUCUCCAGCAACCCACCUUGCCCCAGUGACCCAUCAGCUGGACGAUGUUUUAAAUGUAACAAGCCAGGGCAUGUAAAGGCCAACUGCCCCAAGAACCGCAACAAAUUACAGUUCGUUGCACCGGAAUCACACCAGAGGUUCUCAGGCCUCGAUACUUCCCAGAUACCAUCAGAGCGGAGGGAAACUGUGAGUGUGGGCGGGAAGAAGGUCACAGCGUGGAGGGACAAUGGAGCACAAGUGUCGGCUUUCCAUACUUCCUUAGUGGACCCCAAUUUAAUCGACCCAGAGGUCCAAGUGACGAUUCAACCCUUCAAGUCAAACUCUUUGGACUUGCCUACAGCCAAGUUGCCGGUCCAGUACAAGGGCUGGUCAGGAACAUGGACUUUUGCAGUCUAUGAUGAUUAUCCCAACCCCAUGCUGUUGGGGGAAGACUUGGCCAAUCAUGUGAAGCUAGCCAAGAGGGUGGGAAUGGUCACCUGCAGCCAGGCUAAGCAAGCUGUCACACCUAGCUGGAGUCCGGAAACUUCUACCAGGAACUAGUCAGGGAUGGUGGAACCGGACCCCAUGCCCACGUCUGCAACAGCAGUAGUGGAUCCAGUCCCAGAGACCCAGACAGAGCCAGAACCGGAACCGGCAGAACAACCCGCACCAGAACCAUUGGCAGCACUGAAUCCAGUACUUGCAACCCCAACACCAGAAGGCCCCACCGAACCUGCACCGGCGGCAGCAGCAGAUAACCCUACACAAGAGGCUCAGCCAGAGCCUGAACCCCAACAUAGUGCACCAGCGGAGAGCGGUUCACAGUCAACGGAAACAGCCCCAUCACCUGCAUCGCUUCCCGAGGGACCAAGCCCAGGCCCACAAUCCAAUGAGGAACUGAUGUCUCCAGCAUCAAGGGAACGGUUCCAGACUGAACAGGAAGCAGAUGAAAGCCUGCAGAGAGCUUGGACAGCGGCACGGCGCAACCCACCGCCUCUCAGCUCUUCUAAUUGAUCCAGGUUUGUUGUAGAAAGAAGACUUUUAUACAAGAAAACUCUUUCUGGUGGACACCAGGAAAACUGGCAUCCUCAGAGACAGUUGGUAGUUCCAACUAAGUAGUGCAGAAAGCUAUUAAGCUUAGCCCAUGAUCAUCCUAGUGGCCAUGCUGGGGUGAACAGAACCAAAGACCAUUUGGGAAAGUCGUUCCACUGGGAGGGAAUGGGCAAAGAUGUUUCUACCUAUGUGAGGUGUGCCAAAGAGUGGGAAAAUCCCAAUUCCAGGUCAAAGCCCCUCUCCAGCCACUCGCCAUCAUUGAGGUUCCAUUUCAGCGAGUAGCUGUGGGUAUUCUGGGUCCUUCUCCGAAAAAGACACCCAGAGGAAAGCAGUACAUACUGACUUUCAUGGAUUUUGCUACCCAAUGGCCAGAAGCAGUAACUCUAAGCAACACGAGGACUAAGUGUGUGUCGGGCACUAACGGACAUUUUUGCCAGGGUAGGUUGGGCCUCCGACAUCCUCACAAAUGCAGGAACUAAUUUCUUGGCAGGAACUAUGGAAAGUCUUUGGGAAGCUCAUGGGGUGAAUCGCUUGGUUGCUACCCCUUACCAUCAUCAAACAAAUGGCAUGGUGGAGAAGUUUAAUGGAACUUUGGGGGCCAUGAUACGUAAAUUCGUAAAUGAGUGCUCCAAUGAUUGGGACCUAGGGUUGCAGUGGUUGCUCUUUGCCUACAGAGCUGUGCCCCAUCCCAGUUUAGGUUUUCACCAUUUGAACUUGUAUAUGAUCACGAGGUUAAGGGGCCAUUCCAGUUGGUGAAGCAGCAAUGGGAGGGAUUUACACCUUCUCCAGGAACUAACAUUCUGGACUUUGUAACCAACCUACAAAACACCCUCUGAACCUCUUUAGCCCUUGCUAAAGAAAACCUAAAGGAUGCUCAAAAAGAGCAAAAAGCCUAGUAUGAUAAACAUGCCAGAGAGCUUUCCUUCAAAGUAGGGGAUCAGGGCAUGGUCUUAAAGGUGCUCCAGGCCCAUAAAAAGCGUUGUGGGAAGGGCCAUUCACGGUCCAAGAGCGCCUGGGAGCUGUUAAUUAUCUCAUAGCAUUCCCCGCCUCAAACCGAAAGCCUAAGGUGUACCAUAUUAAUUCUCUAAAGUCCUUUUAUACCAGAGAAUUAAAUGUUUGUCAGUUUACAGCCCAGGGAGGAGAUGACACUGAGUGGCCUGAACGUGCCUACUACGAAGGGAAAAGUGAUGGUGGCGUGGAAGAGGUGAACCUCUUCAUGACCCUUGGGCGUAUGCAGCGAUACCAGAUCAAGGAGCUGUGCACUAGCUAUGCGCCAACAUUCUCAGCCAUCCCAGGGCUGACUGAACGGGCAUGCCACUCCACUGACACAGGUAAUGCUCACCCAAUUAGAGCCCAACCUUACCAGGUGUCUCCUCAAGCUAAAACUGCUAUAGACUGGGAGAUCCAGGAUAUGCUACAGAUGGAUGUAAUCCGCCCCUCUGGCAGUGCAUGGGCAUCUCCAGUGGUUCUAGUUCCCAAACCAGAUGGGGAGAUACUUUUUUGCAUGGACUACCGUAAGCUAAAUGCUGUAACUCGCCCAGACAACCAUCCAAUGCCACGUACAGAUGAACUAUUGGAGAAACAGGGAUGAGCCCAGUUCAUCUCUACCUUGGAUUUAACCAAGGGGUACUGGCAGGUACCGCUAGAUGAAUCCGCCAAGGAAAGGUCAGCCUUCAUCACACCUGUCGGGCUGUAUGAAUUUAAUGUGCUCCCUUUCGGGCUGCAGAAUGUACCAGCCACCUUUCAAAGACUUGUAGAUGGUCUCCUAGCAGGACUGGGAGAAUAUGCAGUUUCCUACCUUGAUGAUGUGGCCAUAUUUUCGGAUUCCUGGGCAGAUCACCUGGAACAUCUACAAAAAGUCUUCGAGCGCAUAAGGGAGGCAGGACUAACUGUUAAGGCUAAGAAGUGUCAAAUAGGCCUAAACAGAGUGACUUACCUUGGACACCAGGUGGGUCAAGGAACUGUCAACCACCUACAGGCCAAAGUGGCCUGUCCCAAAGUCAAAGAAACAGGUCCAAUCCUUCUUAGGUUUGGCCGGAUAUUACAGGCGAUUUGUACUGCAGUACAGCCAAAUCGCUGCCCCACUGACAGACCUAACCAAAAAGAAAGAGCCAAAUGCAGUUCAGUGGACUGAAGAGUGUCAGAGGGCCUUAAACCAGCUUAAAUCGACACUCAUGUCUGACCCUGUGCUAAGGGCUCCAGACUUUGACAAACCGUUCCUAGUAACCACAGAUGCAUCCGAGCAUGGUGUGGGAGCAGUCUUAAUGCAGGAAGGACCAAAUCAAGAGUUCCGUCCUGUUGUGUUUCUAAGCAAGAAGCUGUCAAUCAGUGAAAAGGAAUGUUACACCAUUGUCUAAGCUCUGGAAAAGCUACACCCAUACGUUUGGGGACGGCAUUUCCACCUGCAAACCGACCAUGCUGUGCUACAGUGGCUUCAUACCGCCAAGGGAAAUAACAAAAAACUUAUUCGGUGGAGUUUAGGUCUCCAAAUUUUUAUUUCAACUUACAACACAUUUUAGGAGCUUCUAACAAAGUGGCUGAUGCAGUCUCCUGUGAAAAUUUCUCAGAAUCAACUGGUUAAAAUCGUCCUUGAGAUGUGGAAAAUAUUGUUGGUAGUCUAUUUAGAGGUGCAUGUGUCUUAUUAACUCUGUUUUCUCCUAGAGCUCCAGGAAAGAAUCACAGCCAGUGUUUCACCCUCUGUGAUUUGGGGGGCGUGUCAUAAAUAUAAAGGGAAGGGUAACCACCUUUCUGUAUACAGUGCUAUAAAAUCUCUCCAGGCUAGAGGCAAAACACUUUCACCUGUAAAGGGUUAAGCUAAGGUAACCUCGCUCGCACCUGACCCAAAAUGGCCAAUGAGAGGACGAGAUACUUUCAGAUCUGGAGGGGGAACAAAGGUGUCUGUCUCUGUGUGAUGCUUUUGCCGGGAACAGAUCAGGAAUGCAGCCUCAGAGCCCCUAUUGAUUAAAAUGGCACAGGAAGAAAUGGAAGUGGAUCUCCAGCCAGCAGUUACUUAUUCUGUGGAGCACCAUGAGGCAUUUCCCACAGAGGCCUCCGGUCAUGCUCUACUGUCACUGCCAUCCAACUCUCCAGUACCCAGUGAUGAGGCAGAAAGCAUUAUGGUUCCUCCUGCUGAUGAGGAAGUCAUUGUGGUCUCUGGUGCUGAUGAAGUAGUGACAGUUGCUGAGUCUGACCCCCAGUUGCAUGCUGCCCCUAGCCUGGAUGGGCUGCAGAGGCUGCAUGGGGCAUUGGAGCUGUUUCAGCUACAGGCUGCACAACAGAUCACACGACAGCCACCAACAAGGAGAACUCGCCGGCGACGAAGAGGUGGUGGAUCCCAGAGGACAAUCAGUACCAGAGCCAGGGCACCACUGGAUAGUUAUUUCAUGGUCAGCAGGACCCAAGGAUCAACCACAGCAGCAUCUCCACCACUGGAGACUUUGCAUCUUCCAGUUGGCAACAGUGGUCACAGCUCAGAGGAGACCCUGGAGCUGAGCAACUCUGACAGCAGCAGCUCCACUGAGGAGGAGGAUGUGGCAGUACCCCGGGAGGCGGCACCCAUAACUGCCAGUUUGGGAGUUUCUGAUCAGGUCCCACCAGAGCAUGAAGGUCGUGAUGCUGAAGAAGCAGAAGUCCAGCACAAACAGAGAACUCCACUAAAGAAACCUGAUGUGACAGUUCCCACUGUACCACUGGAUGAGGAAGAAGGGGACACCUGUGCCAUCUGCUUUGAGCAAUGGACUAAUGCUGGGGAGCACCGGCUCUCAGCAUUGCGGUGUGGACACCUGUUUGGAUAUACUUGCAUCGUAAGGUGGCUUAAGGGACAGGCAGGAAAAUGCCCUCAGUGCAAUAAGAAGGCAAAGCGCUCAGACGUUGUGGUCCUGUAUGCCCGUACUUUGAAAGCACUGGACACCAGCGAACAGGAACGCAUGAAAAGUUCUUUAGAAAAGGAGCAGUUGUUGCGGAGACAGGCGGAAUUGGAAUCCGCACAGAGCCGUCUCCAGUUGCAGGUCUUGACAGAUGAAUGCAGUAAACUUCGCAAGCAGGUCCAGGAGCUGAAAGCACUGAUGGCCCAGCACAGCACUAGCGCCUCUCAGCAACCUGGCAGCUCCCGUUCCUGUUUCCCAGGCUGCGUCUCCUCCAGUCAGAGCCAGCACAAAUACCACUUUGAGAAGGCCUUCCUGGUUUCUCAGUCAGGGAGCUGCCGGGUUAUGGCUUACUGUGACUCACUGAGCUGUCUAGUGGUGUCACAGCCCUCUCCGCAGGCCACACUUAUUCCUGGUUGUGGCUUUAAGAUGAUAAGUGCUGCCAACCUGAAGAGCAGUCAGUACAUUCCCAUCCACAGUAAGCAGAUCCGGGGACUGGCCUUCAGUAAUCGGACAGAUGGCUUGCUGCUGUCUGCUGCUUUGGACCAUACGCUCAAACUUACCAGUUUGACAACAAAUACUGUGGUCCAGACGUACAAUGCCGGCCGCCCUGUCUGGAGCUGCUGCUGGUGCCUUGAUGAUACCAACUAUAUCUAUGCUGGGCUUGUCAAUGGCUCUAUCCUGGUGUAUGAUCUAAGGGACACAAGCUCUCAUGUCCAGGAACUAGCCCCUCAGAAGUCCAGGUGUCCUGUGGUUUCCCUGUCCUACCUGCCCCGAAUGGCCUCCACCACACUGCCAUACGGUGGGGUAAUAGCUGGGACCUUAGAAGGAGGCUGCUUUUGGGAACAGAAGGCCACCAACUCCUACCGGCCUCACCAUCUGCCUCUAGAGUCUGGAGGCUGCAUCGAUAUUCAGACUGAAAUCAGCACUCGGCACUGCCUUGCAACUUACAGGCCUAAUAAGAGCAACAAUUGCCUGCAUUGUGUGGUGAUGGAACUGUCCUGCAGCCAACUGACGGAUGCAUCUGUCGAUAUGGUCUGCUCCUGUCACCCAGUUCAGACAUUCAGUGCUGGGCCCACCUGCAAACUGCUGACCAAAAAUGCCAUCUUUCAGAGUCCAGAAGAGGAUGGCAGCAUCUUGGUGUGCGCUGGCGAUGAGGCCUCAAACUCUGCCAUGGUAUGGGAUGCUGGAAGUGGCUCCUUACGGCAGAAGCUACAAACUGACCUACCUGUGCUGGACAUCUGCCCUUUCACGGUGAACCGCAAUAACUUCCUGGCCACUCUCACUGAGAAGAUGGUGAAGCUCUACAAGUGGGAUUGAAAAAGGCUCUGUAAGCCUUCCGCAGAGAGGAGCUUCCAAAAUGUGCUGUUAACAAACUACCAAUUCCAACAAAUUCUCUGCUGUCCCACCACAACAGCACAACCCCAGGCUCUGCUUUCCUGCCUGAAUUGUUUAUGGGACAGGAACUGCCACGGCAUCUCUCAUGUUGGUGCAUUCAGGAACUGGAGCACUGGUGUUUUGUCUUUUCUCCCCACCCUAAUUUGUAUCUGUCCUUAUUCCUUCAGUUGAUCCCAAGGUCAGUUUUUUCUAUUCUCAGGCAAACUGGCAGCCUGCCUCAAUGCAGUGCUCACUCUUGGCCUGUCUCCAGCUGCACAGUGUUAUAACUCUCUCUCUCUUCCCCACCCCCACCCAGCAUUAACACAGUGCUGGGACUUGCAAACCACUUCAUAGAAUGACCCAAAGGAAAGGAAUUUCUGAGACUCCCCCUGUACUUUGCAGUCCACCUCCCCUUGCUCCAUGAUGAAAGGGGCUUUAAGUAGCAGUUUGGCUGCUACCUUGUACUUAGAUGGGCAUUUUCCCAGGAAUGUUGUGGACAUGUCCUGUAAAGGACUUACUCAGCUGUUCCUAUGCGCUUUUUGAGGCUUCUGGGCAAAACAAGCUUGGUGGGGCUUUUCCAUCAAUCAGGUAAAGCCAACUCUAUGCCAUUAGUCUUUGCCAUGGAGAAGAUAGUUUUGGGACUGGAGUGAGAACACUUCUCUUCUGCAUUUUCAUAUGCAUAUAGUAUGAACCUUGCCUCCUCUUUAGGCGCAGCCCAGUCCAAACAUCGUAGAACUGUCUUUUGUCUGGAGAAAGUUGGCAAUAGGGUGGGGUGGGGAGACUUUUGUGCAGUUUGAUGCUAGUUGCAAUUCAUGUUAACCUUGCCUAAGGCUCAGGUGGCUGAACAGCAUUUGAAUUGAAAAGGAAGAAAGAGAAAAUGUUGGCUGCUUUGUACCAAAUGUAAUAAAAACUGUUGGAUUUCCUGAGGUUUGAUUCACCAGAGGGUCACAGAGUGGUCCCCGUCAUCCUUGUCUGUGGCACAAUUCUUCACAUCCUAGAUGUGAGUCUGAACCAGAAUUCCCCAUAAAGAGUUGGUGGGGUGGGGGGUGAGCCAAGGGUUUGAGUGCCAAGUAUGCAGACUGAUUCUCAGCCCACAUGUGUUCCUGUGAGUAAGGACAUUUCAUUUUCUGACUUGAAAUGUAAAUCAUGUUCAUCCCCAUGUUUGUAUUUGCCAAAGACAAACUAUCAAGAAUGUUACACAAGUUGCAAGACAGUUUCCCUGCAUGGGGAACCUGUCCCUGGGCACUGUUCCUUGCAUGAAGCCUGUGUAAACGGCAUCUUUUCUGUUACCAGAUCCAGGGUGUCGCUAAUUAAAUCCACAGAACAACUUUCCUUUCUAAAACUUGCAGGGAUAUGAAUAUUCUUUGAGUCUUCUCUUUAAAAACAAGAUAAUGUAAAAUAUACACAUCUCCAUUUAAUUGUAUCUAUUUUUGUGUGAUAUUUUGUUCCUCUCUUUUUAUGUGAUGUGAAAAAUAAAGCAUUUAUCAUU